AUGAAGAGGAGGAUAGGCAGUGUGCAUGCUCUGCACCAGCAGAACACAUCUGCACAGAUAAAGUUUGACAGAACUGACCUGUUGCGCGUUCAGACCCCUCAUGAGGAUUCGCUGGUCUUCAGUUUGACGGUUGCAGAGUGCUUGGUGGUUCUGAUUAAUCCAGGGAGAAGUGCGAAUGUCAUGCCUAAAGUAAUGUUUGACCGGCUUGAGAUCAAGCCGGAAAGGCUCAAACCUACAGGAUAUCCGUUGCUAGGGUUCGAUGGGAAAUGGGUGGAGCCUAUUGGUAUGGUGGAAUUGACAGUACAGGCUGCUGAAAGAGUUCUGACAGAGUGCUUUGUGGUCGUUGAGAUCCAUCCAUUUUACGACUUUUUUAUAGGAAGAUGGUGGAUCCACAAGGUCUAG